AUGAAACAAGAAGAAGACAGUCACAUUUUCAAGAUGGCUGCCUCCAUCUCAGGAUUACUAAAACCUUGGACACCGAGAGUGCUCUUGGUGAGAUGGAGCAGAUACAACCCUUACUAUCUGGAGCCAGAGGUCAGGAAGGAGGCCUACAGCCGCCCAGAGAGCGAGCUGAGUGCCGAGGAGAAGGAGGAGCGCGAGCUGAAAAUGCUCCGACCCAUCAAAGCUGCUACCAAUUCAACGACGAGCUCCGUUUUCAACGACCCCGUCCUCAGUAAAUUCAUCAACAUGAUGAUGAAACACGGACAGAAGACUUUGGCCAGAGAGAUUAUGAUGCAGACGCUGGAAAAUAUAAAGAGGAAGCAGGUGGAGAAAUACCACAAAGCUACAGAUGGGCAAAAGGAUGGGAUUGAAUGUAAUCCCUACGCCAUUUUUCACCAGGCCUUGGAGAACUGUAAGCCUGUCGUUAUGCUGGCCAGCAUUCAGAAAGGUGGAAAAUACUAUCAGGUGCCCAUCCCGCUUACGGGCCAACGCCAGCGCUUCCUGGCGAUGAAGUGGAUGAUCACCGAGUGCAGGGAAAACAAACACAGGCGCACGCACAUGUACGAAAAGCUCUCCCAGGAGCUGCUCGCCGCUUUCGAAAAGGAGGGCAACGUCAUCAAGAAGAAGCACGAGCUGCACAAGAUGGCCGAGGCCAACAGAGCCUACGCCCACUACCGCUGGUGGUAGACGGAAAGCUGUGCUGGACUCAACAUGCGAUGAAAACUCCUGUUGUAGAUAGUGAAUAUUUCUCGAGAAGGGACAGUAACCAGGAGACCAGAGAACGACUCACCGAUGGGUUUUUGUAGAAAAGGAACUGAAUCGCGAGUCAAACCUCUGCUGAGUUGUUUGACAACAAAUGGGACCGAAGUGUAAGGAUUUAUUUAAAACAAAUAUGUUUAAUAUGCAACACGAGUAGAAAAACAGAACAGAGAAAUGUAAAAGUAUUGCCACUUUGUAGGAAAAUACCAAAAUCAACUGCUGUCAGGCCUGUGGCCUGUCCUGUGUUUAAAUGAUUUUCCAUGAGUUCUGAACAUUCAGGCUGGCUUUUACCAAAUACACCAAUAAUUUCUAAAGUUUAAUACAAAAACAAAUCAGGUCAUUAUGACCCUGAAGCCAGAUAAGCUAGAGUCGUUUAACCUCUGUUAGAAAAUGUAGGUUCAGAGCUACAGAUCAAACUGUUUUCAACCUUAAAAUAAAUCAACAUGGGUCAAAACCCAAUGAACUUGGUCAAA